UCAUUAUCAUUUUGCGUUUUUUUUAAUAUUAUCAAUUUUAUCAUUAUCAUUUUUAUAUUAUCUAUAAAUAAAUAAUGGAUAACUUUUAUGAUUUUUUUUUGUUGAGUAAAAACCUCAAGAUGACAUUUAUUACAUAAAUCCACUUGUCAUCUUCACACAUAAUCCACCUUUUUUCUUUCCCCUCAAAGAAGGAAAAAAAUAUAAAAAAGUUAAAAAGAAAUUCAAAGAAGAACCCAGAAAAGGGCUAAACUUCCCUUCUCUUUUAGAGAGAGAAAACUUCUUCCAUAGUCUAGAUAGAGAGAGAUUGUCUGUAGUUUUCUUAGGGUUUUUCUGGGUUUUUGAUUUUGAAUUCUGGGUAUAUGAAAUUUUAGGUGAAAAAUCAUCAAUUAGUUGAUGGGUUUGCUUCAAUUAUAAUUUAAUUUGAUGGUGGAAUUGUAGGUUUUGAUUUCUUUUUCUUUUUGAUUAUUAUUAUUCCGGGGAUUUAAAUUUGAAGGGUGUAAGAGAAGAAACAGAGGAGAGAGAAAUUAUUGGAAAUGUAUGUGGCUUCUCCCAUGCGAAAGUCGUUCAAGGAUUCUUUGAAAGUUCUAGAAGCUGAUAUUCAACAUGCUAAUACUCUAGCAUCUGAAUUCCCAAGGGAGUAUGAUGGGGCAUGCGUUCAAAUGAGAAUGUCAUAUGCUCCUGCCGCUCAUUUCUUGCUUUUCUUGGUCCAGUGGACGGAUUGCAACUUGGCAGGAGCGCUAGGUCUGUUGAGAAUUCUUAUUUAUAAGGUUUAUGUGGAUGGCACCACUACCAUGUCAACACAUGAAAGGAAAGCGAGCAUCAGAGAGUUUUAUGCUGUAAUAUAUCCCUCCUUGUUACAACUUGAAAGUGGCGUUACUGAUAGUGAAGAUAAAAAACAGAAAGUUGUUUGCAUGGAAAGAUACCGGAAAAGAGACGAAGAUGAAUAUAGGCAGUAUACAGAUAUGGAUAUUGAAAGAGAGGAAGAGUGUGGUAUAUGCAUGGAAAAUUAUAGCAAAAUUGUGCUGCCAAAUUGCAACCAUGUCAUGUGCCUGAAGUGCUAUCGAGAAUGGCGGUCAAGGUCACAGUCUUGCCCCUUCUGUCGAGAUAGUCUGAAGAGGGUGAACUCUGGAGAUCUUUGGGUGUUCACUGACAGCAGAGACGUAGUUGACAUGGCGACAUUGACGAAGGAGAAUCUUAGGAGGCUGUUUAUGUAUAUAGAGAAAUUGCCCCUGAUUGUUCCGGAAUCCCUUUUAGACGCGUAUGAUUCACACCUAAAAUGAGGGUAGGGUGACCUCUACUUCUCCAAGCAUGGUGUUCUACUUCUACCCUACUGUGUUUCCUCACCAUUGCAGCAGUUACUUAUGGACGUUGGUCUGUUUAGAAUUAGUUAGAAGUGCAAAUGUUCCUUUUAAAUGACUUUGCUGCUUAUUCUGUGGUAACAACUCAUGCCUGAUUUAUUCUUCGUAGGCGUGAGAGGAAGGGGUGGGGUGUUUUUUUCUUUUUUUUUCUUUUUCAUGGUUCCGUAAAUUUGUAUGUAGGAAAACGUGUACAUGGUUGUAUAGCUCUGUUAUCCAGAAAGAAAGGGUAGAAAGAAAGGAACUCCCUUCUUUUGUUUAUAUUCAACUGGGAACCCAAGGCAAUCCUAAUUCAGUUGUGGUUGUGGUG